CUAUUGCCUUGUGAUGGGUCACGUGACGGCACGUGAAGGAGAAUAGACAAAACAACCAUUCGUCAGUUUUCGGGCGAGGAGGCAGGCGCAGUUUGGUGUUUUAUUGAGCGGACUGCCAAAAGUGAAAACUGAAAAAAUGGCAAAAACCCUAUCCGCUGCCCAGGCGAACAAAGAACAUGUUUUGGCGGUAUCCAGGGACUUCAUUUCCCAGCCCCGCCUCACUUACAAGACGGUGUCUGGUGUAAACGGACCUCUGGUCAUUCUUGAUGAAGUGAAGUUCCCCAAGUUCUCUGAGAUUGUACAGCUGAAGCUUGCUGAUGGCACCCACCGCUCUGGUCAGGUACUUGAGGUCAGUGGCUCCAAGGCCGUUGUCCAGGUGUUCGAGGGUACCUCCGGAAUUGACGCCAAAAACACUCUUUGCGAGUUUACCGGCGACAUUCUGCGUACCCCUGUGUCAGAAGACAUGUUGGGCCGUGUGUUCAACGGCUCCGGAAAGCCCAUCGACAAAGGUCCCCCAAUCCUUGCUGAGGACUUCUUGGAUAUCCAGGGUCAGCCCAUCAACCCCUGGUCUCGUAUCUACCCUGAGGAGAUGAUUCAGACCGGUAUCUCCGCUAUUGACGUGAUGAACUCUAUCGCUCGUGGUCAGAAGAUCCCCAUUUUCUCCGCCGCCGGUCUUCCUCACAAUGAAAUUGCCGCCCAGAUCUGUAGACAGGCCGGUCUUGUUAAGAUUCCUGGUAAGUCUGUGCUGGAUGAUCAUGAGGACAACUUCGCCAUCGUGUUCGCCGCUAUGGGUGUGAACAUGGAAACCGCCAGGUUCUUCAAGCAGGACUUCGAAGAGAAUGGCUCCAUGGAGAACGUGUGCCUCUUCUUGAACUUGGCCAACGACCCUACCAUCGAGAGAAUCAUCACACCCCGUCUCGCUCUUACAGCCGCCGAGUUCUUGGCGUACCAAUGCGAGAAACACGUGCUGGUCAUCUUGACCGACAUGUCUUCGUACGCCGAGGCUCUGCGUGAGGUGUCCGCCGCCCGUGAGGAGGUGCCCGGACGUCGUGGUUUCCCAGGUUACAUGUACACCGAUUUGGCCACCAUCUACGAGCGUGCCGGACGUGUCGAGGGCAGGAAUGGAUCCAUCACUCAGAUCCCCAUUCUUACUAUGCCUAACGACGAUAUCACUCACCCUAUUCCCGAUUUGACGGGUUAUAUUACUGAGGGACAGAUCUACGUAGACCGUCAGCUGCACAACAGACAGAUCUACCCACCAGUGAACGUGCUGCCUUCCUUGUCUCGUCUCAUGAAGUCCGCCAUCGGCGAGGGCAUGACCCGCAAGGACCACUCUGACGUUUCCAACCAGCUGUACGCGUGCUACGCCAUCGGUAAGGACGUGCAAGCCAUGAAGGCCGUGGUGGGUGAGGAGGCGCUCACGCCCGACGACUUGCUCUACCUCGAGUUCCUUACCAAAUUCGAGAAGAACUUCAUCACGCAGGGUAACUACGAGAACCGCACAGUAUUCGAGUCCCUGGACAUCGGCUGGCAGCUGUUGCGUAUCUUCCCCAAGGAGAUGUUGAAGCGUAUCCCGGCGUCGAUCCUCGCAGAGUUCUACCCCCGAGACUCCCGUCACUAGGCGUCUACCGGCUCACUUGGUGUUGUUCCGAUCUGGUUUCGAUUGUUUCCGUCUAUAACUCGGAACACUUACCUUGUUACAAUAUUACAAUAUCGAUAAUUUGAUUGCCGCAUUUAUUAGAACUACCGGAUUUUGUUGAAGACUUUAGACCAUUAUCGAAAGAGAAAUGAAAUGUUAUCAUCGAAUGAAAUAGAUUUUUUAUCGAUAAUUUGUAUACACUAAUACAAAGACUUUUCUUGUAAUAUUGAGCGGGUUUUAGGUGCAAGUUUAUUGCCGUUUUCUACGUCAGUUACUGCAUUUAAAAACAGAUUUUACACCACGGUCGGAACAAAUACCCAAAUACGUUGUAAGAUAAACUAUUAUUUAAUAGUAAGUUGUUAAUAGAUUAUUGUAAUGUGUAUUACAUGUAUUACGAUCAAGUUACAAAAUAAAAUAUAAAUCUAUAUCCUCAUCUCUAAAGGUACAUACAUAUUGCUAAAGAAAAAAGUGUUGCCGUCUAUAUGUAUAUACUUUCCAUGUCGAUAAUAUAAAUAAAUUAUUGAAUAGAUGAAAUUAUUUUGUUUUGGUGCUUUGAACACGUCAUUACAUUAUUUUUGUGUGCACAAAUUGUUGAAUAAUGUGUUCAAAAUAUAUUAUAAUCGAAAUUUAUCUAAAAAAUAUAAAGGUUAUGUGAUAUCGCUUGACUAGUGCAGUUGUGUGUGACAUAUAUUUAUGUAAAUAAAGCAAUAGCCCAGUAACGAAGCGUUACAUUCCAAAUUGAGUUGGUCCUCGUUCACUGAACGCUAGAUGUUUGUAAUUCAGUGCUAAGUGAAUUAGGAAACUGUUGUUUUCAAUUGAAAUAAAAAGUAUAGAAAGUUA